GCCGUCUCUCCGCCUGGAGGGAGAAGAGGGAGAGACGGCGGAAAGUGAUGACGAAGCACACAGGAGCCGAGCGCCGGCCGGGCGCCAUGGUGGCAUUUUAACCAAUAAACCGCCGGUCUCUUUCGCCGCCCUCUCCCUCUCGCACCUCCCUGUGAGCUGAGGGAGGGGUCGGUGGAGCUCCGACCGGGGCGAUGGCGGCUUUCAUUGCUCCACGUGAGGAACAGCCCCUUGGGUGAGGCACUGGACCUGUAGGCUGUACCCAGCAAGAUUCAGCAUCUAUGGGUAGAGGGCAAAAAGACACAUCCUACCGUGAGGGUGAAAGGAUCAGAGCAUAACUACAACCCCGUUCUCUGCCAGGAUGAGAAAUGUUCCGCGAGUCAAAAGGGUAGCCACAUGCACUGUCCUUUUUGUAGUAUCACCGAGGCUUACCAGGACCCCGUCAUCUUGCGAGCCCACUACCGAAUUAAACAUGUUGAUAAAGGACUUGAUUUUGCAGGUCUAAAGAUUCUUCGUUGCUGCAACCACUGUGAUAUUGUUGGAACUAUCAAAGGAGAAAAGAAAUUUAAAGGUGCACACUGGCAUUGCUACCGAUGUCGAAAUGGUUUCAACAGACGGGAUGAGGCUGUCAAGCAUUACAAGACGCAUUUUCGUAACCCUCACACCACUUUCCAAAUCCAGAUUACGCAGGAGGUAAAUAACCGACAGUAUUAUGAACAGAGUGGAGAGGCUCAACAUAAAGCUUAUGGGGGCAGCCAAGUUACCUCGGGCGGUGCAAUGGAUAUCACAUCUAUCAGCCCCGUUCUUACAGAGACCGUUAUAACCACAUCAACCACUACCCUCACCACAGAAAAGACUGAUAUCGCUCGCCAGGCUGGAAAGGACAGCAGUCUGCCCAAUGGCAUCACAGUGGCUGCAGAAGAGACUGUGGGCUCGAGUUCAGCAGUUGGGCAUCAGACACUGGUGCUGAUGGACCCGGAUGGAGAAAAUGGAGAGCUGGUGUUUAACGACGCUACAGCCCUCGUCACAGACCAGAACGGAGAAGAUCUGGACCAGAAUCUCCUGAUGGAAAAACAGCUGAUGGAGCUGCACCAGCAGAACCAGCAGCUUCGGGCAGAGAAAUCCGAAACCGAGAGCAAGCUGCGGUCGGAAAUCCUGCAACUCAAGGAUCAGAUUGCAGAUCUGACGCAGGCUAAUUUACAAAUAGCCGAAGAACUAAAGCAGUAUAAAUCCUCAGAAAGCACCGAAAACAAAGUGAAACAAAUGAUUGAACAGAUGGAGGUGCAACACAGGGAAAUGCUACAGAUGCAAGUGGAAGCGUUACGGAAGGAAUUCAGCCAGACCAAGGAGCAAACUGACAGUAGCCCCGGCUACUCAACUCAGGACUCGGCUGCCAACUGUGGUGACAGAACAGACUCUCGAAACAAACGAACCCUAGUGGCCACCUCCACUCUGUCCCCCAGAAGCGGCAGCAUUACCCUGACAAUACCCACCAGCAUAAUGACAACAGCACACGGAAUCAUGACCUCGGAGCACGGGAUUAUGACGUCACCGGAGGACAUGAUCGCAGGGUCCGAAAUGGAUCUGAGCUCUGGAAGCGUCAUAUCCUUCAUCCAACCUACAGAUGGUUCAUCAAACGGGCCCACAGGUCUCACAACGCUGGAGAUAGUGGAGGUGCACUUGGACAGCGAUUCUGCCAUAGAAUCCUCCGCCCCCACUCACGUCCAGCUGUUUCCCGUUGCGGAGAUCAGCGAGGACGUUCCCACCGGGAAACGGACGGCCCAUGUGGACUCCGAGGAAGACAGCCCACAGAAAAUCCAGAGAACUGAUUAAGACAAAACACAGGAUCUAAACAGAUGCCUUAUUUUUAUUCCACGUUUGUAAUCGGUUUACCCCAAUGUAAAUAUUGAAUCUUAAGGUUCUUUUUACCUUCUGUUUGUACUUUUAAGUGCCAAAAAAGGGCAAUGCAGUUAAUUUAUUAUUUAGAAACUAGCACCUUUAUAAAUCGCUUGACGCCAAAGAGGUCGUGUGCUGUAAGGGGUAUUCAGGCAACUCAAUAAGCCUUCUCCUUUCAGUAUUUUGGGUUCGAGAGCAGAAUAUAGAUUGGCAUGUGUGCUGCCUUUUAAGUAAGCAUCGCCAACACUCUGUGCAACAAAUUGAACUAGCUGUUGAACCUCCUCUUGACUAUAAAUAAAUGUUGGGAGAUCACAAUACCCAGGCAUUGUUAACAGUACAGGAUUUUGUGAUGAAUUUUUGAUAUUUUUUUAGAGAGAUCUGAAAGACAUCAAACUGAGGGCAUGAUACAGAAGCGUGAAUUUACUUUUAACAGGAUUAGAUCCUUUCUCUGUCAGUGAAGGAACAUUAGUACAGGAGCAGCCAAAGCAGCCAGUACAGGAGUUGCCAUCUCUUAACGGGUUAAUGCCUCCCAUUACUGUACGCCAGCCUAGUGCUGAGUGUGUAAACAGAUGAUAUGAAGUUGACUUAAAAUACUUCCUAACAAUGCUGCCUUUGAGAACUAGUGAAAACAUUGUCACCUGCUUAACGAUUUCCCAAUUUAAUAAGCAAGCCAUUAUAAGUGCCAACGCUCAGAUGUCAUACUCAUGGUGUUUUUUCACGGCAAAGCAUUUUCAUCCUGGUAAUCUAAUUUUAAUGGAUAUUUACUUCCUAUCCCUCCCCUUUCAGAUGUCCACCUGGUUCAUCAUUAUUCUUUUAGUAAAGAUUGAAGGAAGGAGGGGGAAGAGAAAAAAGAAGAUGGAAUGUUAUCGCUCUGAGGCAACUGAUCUGGAAGGGGCUGGGGUUGGCAAUGUAAAAUAACCCAAAUUGACAUGAGCACCACACACACAGCCUGAGGCGGAGGUUCACAGCACUCCAGUGAUGCUUUCAGAUCUCCUGACCCAUAAUUCAAAACGCAUUACUGAGGUUCCAGCUAUCCACAGUGAGAAGGCUAAAUGGAUCACUCUUUCAUUUGGUUUCAUUUCAACAUUGAGCCAAACAUUGAUUGAGUCCCAAAUCAUUUCCACACCUUAACGGUGGUGGGUGUUUGAUCCAAAUCGAUUAAUCUUAUAUUUUUUUAUUUAGAAA